UUCAACAGGCGUAAUGUCGAUGUGAUCUUGCGCUCCUGCGAUAGCGUUGACUUUCGCGUCUGGAAAGCCAUCCUGACGGAGGCCUCACCGUUCUUUGAGGACCACUUCAGCCUUCCCCAGCCGGAUGCGCAAGAUUCAGGGCAGCAGCCGAGCGACGAUGGCCUCCCGAUCAUCCAUCAACGAAACCUUUGA